UUUUCUCGAGUCAGCUGAAAGCUUAUUUAAUGCUGUUUCCGCUUACUAAUGUUUUAGUUAUUUGCACCAUCCUUAAACUUGUUGAUCUAAGAGUUAUGUCAACACAGUAGACUAGUUUGUGACAGACUUUAAAAAUAAGCAUUGAGUCACGAACUAACACUUCUUAAUCACAGUAUCAUCUUAGUAUAGAUCUAAAAGUUAUUAUUAUCUUCUCAGUGUCAUUUGUUACAGAGAAGAAAAACAAGAAUAAAGUGUAUCGAUAAAAGAAAAUGGUUCGUACUCAGAGAUCUGAGUUUGAAGAUUUCAUUUUGCGUGCAUUGAAUCCUCUUUCAAUUUCAAGUCUGUCAAGGUUGUCAAAGUCGAGUUUUAAUAACAGCCAUAACUUUAACCUGGAUCAUAAUAGGAUCUACUCACCAAAAGAUUACAGAGAUAUCAUUUCUCUGGGAGAAAGCCAAGAUAUGUUUAACUUUGAACAGCAGGCAAUCUGGGAUUCCAUCUUGCACCAGAAUAUUUUGUCACCUGAAAGAACCAGAUCUAGAUUGAGUUUAGAACCACAUAGCCCUAAAUCUCAACCAUUCGCCAGACGUUCUCUGUUGGAUUCCCCUAGGACUUCUGUAGUAACUGGUAUACCUAUUAUUUUUGAAAAAAGUCCUUCUGUUGUAGAAAAAAGCAAAUCUAAAACAGACAUCCCUGCUUCUUCAAAAGCAGUUUCACAAACAUUUAUAGUAAUUGAUGGUGCUGAGGAGUGCCUACCACGAUCAUAUUCUCCAAUAAUAAUUGAUGAUGAACCUAAUCUGUCUGAUAAUGUCAGCAGAGUAUUCAACCAAAAUAAUCGCCCAUAUUUUACCAAGGAUUGUUUACUACCUGUGGUAGGAGUCAAAAACCUUGUGUCUCCACAGCUGAGUGACAUAAACAGUAAAAGCUCCAGCCCAUCUAAAGUCUCGGUUAAGAGCACAAAUGAUUUCAAAGAUGCUUGUUUGAAAAACAUUGAAGACAACCCACCCUGUCCUGUUGUGCUAGAAUGUCACGAUGAAUCAGACUUCUGCACUGAUGUCAGUGAUAAUGCUGAAAGUACUAAAUGUUUUGUUCAGCCUACUCCUAGCUACCCCAUUUAUAGUAUCCUUAAAAGACAGCUGGACAAGGAAGAAAGACUAGUAGACUAUGUGAAAGGAGAUGGCAACUGCUUCUUCAGAGCUCUGAGCAAACUGAUGUAUGGGUCUGAUGUUUAUCACAAAGCUGUCAGAACUCUCAUUGUUGACAUUAUUGCUACUAACAAAGAGAAAUUUGCACAGUUUGUUGAUGGUGAAGAUGUUCAGAGCCAUGUUGAAAGAAUGUCUGAAGAUCAUUGUUGGGCAACCACUUGUGAAAUCUAUGCUGCUGCUACACUGCUACAGCGGGACAUCUACAUGCUCACGCCAAACCACUCAAAUGACAAGUACUCUUGGCUUCUGUUCAGGCCUGUGUUUGAGCGUCAGUUGCAAGAUAUAGAAUUGUCCAGCCGUCCAUGCUGCUACAUCACCCUGUGCAAUACCAAUGGCAAUCAUUAUGACCGCAUAGUUCCUAAUCAUGGCAAGUGUAACUGUUUCUUACCGCACCCCCAGCUUGAUGGAAUAUAUGCCAAUGUGGACCUUACAGAAACAUAGUGUUCAAAUGUCAUUUUUUUUAAAUUUAUCAAAGAGUUGUGAUUUAAUUGCUAAAAGUACUUAUUUAUACUACACUGAGAUAUCUUACUUAUUUAUACUACACUGACACAUCUUAUGUAGCCCAGAGUUGGUCAAAGUUCAUCCCUUCAAUGCUUUUUAGCCAACUUCUAGAACCUUUGAUGUAUUAGAUUUGUUCUGCAGUUUUGUUUGUUUUUGUUUUUUAUUAACAUAUUUUCAGUAGGUAUAAGAGAGUAUAAUUAUUGAAGUAGGAACUAAAAACUGUUAUAAAAUUGUUGAUUAUUAUAUACAAUGCUAUUAAAAUUCUGAUGUGGUUAGAGUUAAAAAAAAAUAAUUUAACAUUGGUUUUUGAAAAUUUAUUUUAACAGAGGAUUAUAUGGAUAAAAACUGUAAAUUGCUUGUAAUGUAUCUAAACCAAACAUUUUUAAAUGUGGUCUCCUAAUAAACAAAGGAUGAAAAAGAUAGCAAAUAAGCUACUUCUAGUUAAGCAACUAUUACGGAAUAGUGAGUUUUAGAUGGAAAUUGUUUAUUGGGCUAACAAUAACUCUUUUGGUGAAAUUAUUUUUAUAAAAUGUAUAUAAAUCAUGUCUGUUUGAAAAAUUGUAACAUUCAGAUAAAUUUAAACUGUGUCUGCAACCAUCAAAUGUAAUAAGUGUGUCAGAAACCAUAAGGAAUUGCCUUGAUCAUCAUGAGACAUUUCUAUUUGCUUGUAUAGUAUGUACAUAGACAAUGAACAUAACAGUUGUAAAUAUACAUGCAUAUGAUACAUCAUUCAAGCUAAACUAUUUUCAUUUACAUUCAGAGAAGAAAUAAAAAUAAACACAAUUCUAAUUGAUUCUA